CGUUACCGAAGCGCGGUUCUCCAAAGGACCAAGAGGCACGAAGGAGUCGUCUGGCCAACAUUCCCAGGAGCCGUUUCAACUAACCCGUUUCGCCGCGGUUCUCCAACGCAUCAAGAGGCACGCUUACGCGUCUGGCCAACAAGGCUCGGAGCCGGCAUCCGUUGCCAACAAAUCCAAAAUGUAUACUCCCCCCGGAAACGGUGUACGAGUACCCUAGGCGCUCCGAACCCACGCAUCCAUAUGUUUUACUUCCCCUCUUGUACAUAAUUUUUGAUCUUUUGAUCCGUGCCCUUGGCGCCUCAUUCGGGCAGCCUGCACGUGCACGUUAAAUAUCCAGUGCUCACACACACACACACACUCUCGUGCAAGCGUGACCCUCGACAACUACGACUGCAGAGAGGGCGAACUGGCCGCCCCACUAGCCUAUCGUUUCCCACACAUCUGCACAUGUCCUGGGCGGAAAACACCAGAAUGACUCGCUGUAUCUUUUGCCACGUGAAGGUUCAACACCCAGGAAUCCGAUUUCUACUCCGAACCCAUGCAGCAGAUCGUGCCGCUGCAUUAUCACAUUCCCACCUUUCACUAGUACUGAAGCAUUUAUUCUGGACUUCCACACCAGCGAAUGCCAGUCACCCGAAGAUGUUCUUUCGGUUCUCAUUCUCAACUUCAUUCCUUUCUUUAUUCUCAUCUUCGAGCUCUCUCUCUGUCCUGGUGCGAAAUUCUGGUUGCCUGGAGCACGUCCCAUUCACCCCACCAUCGUUGUCUUCACGCACCGCGAUCGCAUUGAGCCAUGUCCAUGUGUCCAUGUGUCCAUGUGGCCGUUCCCGAUUCAUUCAUUUUGGCUGCGUAAAUCUCGGUGUUUAUGUAAAUAAACCGUGGGGAACGCGAAAAGUACGUCUUUGGUUAUGUAAUUCGAAUUGAAUUCGCGUGUUCUCCUGUUCUCCUGUUCUCAUCAUGUAGCUUGCGUUUUUUUAUCUCAAGUUUGACGGUCUAACGACUCCGGGACCGAUGCGUCCUAAGACCAGCGCGCGCCCAGUGCCAUCCAACACACUGCGCAUGUUUGGAACCGAAGAGAAAGCAACCCACGUAUCUGACUUAGAAGAUGUGUGCAUUCGCUCGGACCAGAAAGGAUCAAUUAUUCACGCACGAAAAGUUGUGAAUACUACACACUACAUUGCAUUGAACGGGGAGCACAUUAGAAUGACUGAGACAACAUAACUUGGUAGCUUUCGGGACGCAGGGCAGCGAUCACAUCAGAUAACCAGCGAGCGCUCACCAACUCCAAGAUUCGGCCUUUUCACCCCAGAAAAGUGGUUUCUGUGCAAGGC